GCCUGUGAAAUGUCAGCUGGGACCGGCUGAAAAUGUCACAGCAUUGGUUCUCCCAAUUAACUGAUAAAUAGGAAAUGACACUUUGAAUAUUCAACUCACGUGUCUCAAUAAUUUCAACACUCACGGAAACAGUUUCUGUUCAAUCACGUGACAGGUGACGCUAAAGCACUGUCACAUAAGAUCCGAAGUUCAGUUUAAUGAGUUCUGCAGACUAAUUUAGUCGAUUGGAAACUGGAUCUAUUUAUGUUAUCCAACACAGAAGAAUCGAUAGUCUCGCUGACGUAAUAGUGUGGACGGCACACGGUCACUAGGAUAUCAGGAGACCGUGGUAUUAAAAUGAAGACCUCACCACAAGUGGAGUUAUCUUUUAAGGACAUUUACGUGACAAUUGAUGCCAAGGAAAUUCUCACUGGUGUUACUGGGAAAGUCCACAGUGGAGAGAUACUUGCCGUUAUGGGCCCAAGUGGCUCAGGCAAGACAACUCUUUUGAAUUCUGUUGCGGGCAGAAUUGUGAAGACAUCAGGGGAGAUAACUCUAAAUGGUGACAAGUUAACUCGUAGAUUACGGAAGAGAAUGUGCUAUGUGACGCAAGAAGAUGCCUUUUUUUGUAAUCUUACACUCAGAGAAACUUUGUAUUUUGCAGCCAUGAUACAGCUCCCAGAGAAGAUGUGCCACCAAGAGAAGAUGUCUCGUCUACAGGAUAUUCUGGACGCACUGGAUCUGAAUGACUGUAAAGACACAAUUAUGGGUAGUGCAGUGAAGCGCGGUUUGUCUGGCGGUGAGAAGAAGAGGGCCAGCAUCGGCUGUGAGCUGCUGAUGGAUCCAGAUGUCAUGCUGUUGGAUGAGCCCACCACAGGUUUAGAUGCCAGCCUGGCCUGUGACCUGAUGUCCCUCCUGAAGCGUUACACCUGCAACUACAACAAGACCGUCCUCGUCACCAUCCACCAGCCGUCCAGUCGCAUGUACUACAUGUUCACCAGGUUGAUGCUGCUGACCAAGGGCAAGGUUGCCUACUUCGGCCAAGCUGAUCAAGCCCUGGAUUUCUUUGCUGAUGCUGGGCUGCCUUGUACCCCACACUGCAACCCAGCAGACUUCAUGUUGGAGGUGUUGAAGCAGGACAGUGAUGCUGUGGAGAGACUGUUUAGUCGAACACAAGAGAAUACUUCCAGAAAUGCAGAAGUCAUAAAAUCAGGUCUUUUUGGAAAAACAGAUGUAUCUUCAGCAGACCAAGUUCAUCCCAAACUGCCUGUAUCCAUAAAGACAGGCCAGGAAGCCAAGUUUGUAUUUACUCCUGACCUUGACCCUGACCUUUACCCUGACCUCCAUCACGGAAGACGCUAUCCUACCAGUUUCUGGAUGCAGUACAAGAUGCACAUGUGGCGGACAUAUAAGCAGUCACGUGGUCGGAUCCUGUCCUUGCACUCCGUCAUUGGCUCACUGGCGCUAGCUGUCAUCGUCGGAAUCAUCUGGUUUCAAAUACCUAGGACAGCUGACACUGUCAGAGACAGGAUGGGGUUGUUGUAUUUUGGUAUUGGUCACAUGGGCUUCAUCACCAUCUUUGAUGGUCUUCUCUCUUUCUCUGAAGAACGCCCAGUUCAGUUGAAGGAGAGAGGAGCAGGAAUGUACCGACUGUCCUCGUUAUAUCUGGCCAAAAUUACAAGUGAACUGCCAUUGACCUUUCUCUUGCCCGUGUGUUACUUCGCAAUAACCUACUGGAUGGCAGGACUGAGACCCUUGGCCGACGUGUUCUUCGCCUCGAUGGCUGUCAUGUUUCUCCAUAUCCUCAACUGUAAGGGUAUUGGCUUCAUGAUCGGUCCAGGAAUCUGGAAACUUCAGCUGGCCAUCACCGUCACCAGCUCUACCAUGGUGUCCCUCCUCAUGCUUGGUGGGUUUUACAACACUCUGAUGCCGCCAUGGCUGUUCUGGUCUCGGUACCUGUCGGUGUUUGGCCACACCCUCAGUGCCGUGUUGAUCCUGGAGUUUGCUGACCUGACCCCCAUUCCAUGUUCGAACGUGACCCUGGACUCGUAUCCCCAGUGUGGACGUAAUGGUACAGACUUUGUCACAGCAGAUGUGGUUCUGGAACGGGUCGGAACUGUUCUACCAAUGUACAUGUACAUUAUAGCAAACACUGUAACUCUCAUAGUUUAUUUUUCUGUCGGAUAUGCAAUUUUUAGAGUUCGUGGAAAACCAAAAUCAUGAGAUGCCUUCCAUCCUUGUAUUGUUGAGUUAUUGUACUUCCAUACAUUCCAGUGAUUAAUGAAUAGCUUAUCUUAAACCAGUGUGACAAGUCAUGCCAUCAGAAUGUGAGUGAGUUAAAAAUGAGUAUGGUGUUUCGAGGGUCUCUGUAACAGCAGGGGACACCACCAGUGGAUUCAUACAUUGUUGUACAGGAGGGCCACAAGUGGCCCAAAUCGUCUUAAGUGCCAUUAUUCACUGUGUAGAGUUGCCUCCUUUAGACAUACCAGGAACAUGUGUUCAUGUGAUCAAAUCCCUCAGUCGUUUGUGAGUUAGUCACCAUUAGACCUGCGCUCAUUGUUUUCACCAAACUGGUGAACAUUUGAGUCCUGCAUGAAUGUAGGCUUCACCCCAGGUCAAGCUUACACACCUGAUGUAACUGCUAUAUUACAACAUAUGUUAUAUUUGGGAUUACACUUUCUCAGGAAUGUACAGAAUCUAGUACUUUAAUUAAGUCGAGUUGCAUCUGGGAUUCAAACCCAGACUCAUUGUUUAUUCAUACAAUAGUACUGUUCAAAGUAGUGUUAAAAUCAGAUAACUCACUCACUCACUCACUGUUUUUCAGUGGAAAAUGUAUUUUGUACCCAAGAGUAUACGGUGUUUUAUUUUAUCAAUUAUUCUUUUGAAGUGUUUGUUCAGUCCUCCAAAAUAUCACUAAUUAUGUUAGAAUGGUUUCCAUAUGCUAAGUGAUUAGCUUUACACAACGAAUGUAGUAUUGAAUUUAUAAGAAUAUAGUGCAAUAUCCAUAUGUGAUAUAGAUUCCAAUGAUCAUUAUAAAUUAUAUUUUAUGAAAUAAAUAAUUUACAGAU